CUGCCAUCACGGAAGAUUUUUCAUUCCAGCGACUCCCUAGAAAAUAUUUUGAGCGACUUCGACGAUGCGCUUGGAGCCAGCCACGGACUGAAAACGAGUCGUGCGGCAUCCCGUGAACAAGGAAGCCGAACGCUGCCUCGGGAAGUGGACAGCACAUCGAGUGCAAAACGAAUUCAAAACGGCUACGCUUCGGAUUAUACUGGUGGAUCUGCUAUAGAACGUCGAUCAGAAUCUGCUACAAUGCUAGCGCCACGGCCGUUUGCGCUAGAUUUCAACGCUCCACCAAAACCACCACAUCGAUCAACUCCAACCGGUCGAUCGACGCCGUCCAGACAAUCUACUUCAGGUGAUUACCAAAUCACACUUUCGAACACAGUAAGGGAGGGUAAUCGGAACCCUACCCAAAUUUACCGUAGAACCACAGGGAUAGAUAGAUUUCAACAGUAG